AUGUCGGAACCACAAUCAUGGGAUGUCCUAAGACGGAAAACACGCAAUCUCGAAUCGACCAUCGAUGCACGUCUCACUAGCUAUUCCCAGCUUGCAUCCAAAAUUGCACGUUCUGCCGAUGCACCCUCUACCUCCUCUUCUGCCCCCGGAUCUGCGGGCAUAUACGCUGAUCAUACGACCCUAGACAUGGAUGCCUCCUCCCCCCUUUCUCGGAAGGAAGAUCUAUCCGAGCAUCUUGAGUUAGAAUCUGAACUGGAAUUACUCAUAAAUCAGCUUUCUGAAGCGGUAGAUGCGUUAACAACCAAGCUCGAUGAUCCUGAAACACCACCAACAUCGGCGCAACUACAUGCGGUUCAAAGACAUAGGGAGGUUUUGUUUGAUUUCACGAGGGACUUUAGGAGGUCAAAGACGAAUCUAAGACAUGCGAUUGAUAGAAGGGAUUUACUGGGUAAUGUGCAAGGUGAUAUAAACGCCUAUAAAGCGGCCCAAUCGUCAGACGCAGAUGCACUCCUAGCAGAGCGAGGAAGAAUAGACAAUUCACACUCGAUGAUCGAUCGCACUUUAGAACAAGCAUACGCUACAAGAGCAGACUUUGCAGAUCAACGUUCAACCCUCCAAGGCAUUUCAACUCGAAUGUCCAACACAGCAGCCCAAGUUCCAGGUUUAAACAGCAUCAUCACUCUGAUCGGUCGAAGACGUAGAAGGGAUAGCGUCAUAAUGGCUUGCUUAGUAGGAAUUCUAACCGUUCUACUACUCAUGUAUAUCUUCCGUUAA